GGAUGCCGGUGGUGUCUAACCGCAGCUCUCCUCUCAUUCAUGCUGAGCGCUGCUCUCCUGUGCGCACGGAACUGCAGAGCUGAGCUUUGGAACCGGUGCUGCUGCUGCUGCUGCUGCCGCCUGACGAGCCCACUGGGAAUGGGAAUGUCUUCUGCUGCAACUCUGACAUCCUAAAAAACAUGCCAAGCAGGACGAACACGAAGGACGCUUUGAUCAGGCUGGUGGUGGACGAGGCUGAGGAUCAGGGGAUGAGGUUAUAAAAAAACAGCGGAGAAAGGAGGAAAAAAAAAAAGAAAGAGGAAGUCGAUUGCUCGGAAACUCUUCUUUUGUAUCAUCGUACCCUGCAGUCAUAUAAGGCACUGACUGACCCAGCAGAGGAUUAUACACUCAAAAAUACACACUUACACCCACUCGCCUACACCUCCCCUUCCCUCACCGCCAUGUCCUCCCACCUCAACCCACCUUUUCUCAUCCUCCCCAUCCUCUUCCUUCUCCUCUCCCUGUCCCUGCCCUCCUCCUCCUCCUCCUCCUCCUCCUCUUCCUCCUCCUCCUCCUCCCUCCUCUCCUUCUUCCCACCGGAAGGAGGUCUCACACAUUUGGUGGUCCACAACAAAACAGGCGAGGUCUACCUGGGAGCCGUCAACUGGAUUUACAAGCUGUCCAGCAACCUAACCAAGCUCCGAAGCCAUGUUACUGGCCCAGUUACAGACAACCCUCGCUGUUACCCUCCGCCUGGUGUCCAGUCCUGCCCCCACGAGCUGGUACAGACCUCUAAUGUCAAUAAACUUCUGCUACUUGAUGCUGCCCACAACCGCUUAAUUGCCUGUGGGAGUACUUCCCAGGGAAUAUGCCAGUUCCUGCGUCUGGAUGAUUUGUUCAAGCUCGGCGAGCCCCAUCACCGUAAAGAGCAUUAUCUAUCCAGCGUUGCUGAGGCAGGCACUAUGUCAGGUGUCGUGAUCUCCCCGGAUCUUUUUGGUGGAGGUGGGAAGCUUUUUGUUGGCACUCCUAUUGAUGGGAAAUCUGAAUACUUCCCAACACUGUCGAGCCGCAAGUUAAUGUCCAACGAAGAGAACGCUGACAUGUUCAGCUUUGUCUACCAGGAUGAGUUUGUCUCCUCGCAGCUAAAGAUUCCUUCAGAUACGCUGUCCAAGUUCCCGGCAUUUGACAUCUACUACAUCUACGGCUUCAACAGUGAGCAGUUUGUGUAUUAUCUUACCUUACAGCUGGACACCCAGCUCACCUCACCAGAUGCAAGCAGCGAACAAUUCUUCACCUCAAAAAUCGUCCGCCUAUGUGUUGAUGAUCCUAAGUUCUACUCCUAUGUUGAGUUCCCCAUUGGCUGCACCAAGGACGGAGUGGAGUACCGCUUAGUUCAGGAUGCUUAUUUGGCCAGACCGGGGACCCGUCUGGCACGUUCUCUUGGUAUUCAAGAGCAUGAGGAGGUUCUGUUUACUGUAUUCGCCCAGGGUCAGAAGAACAGAGCCAAGCCACCCAAGGAGUCGGCUUUGUGUCUGUUCACAAUGAGACGGAUAAAGGAGAAGAUUAAAGAGAGGAUUCAGUCAUGCUACAGAGGAGAGGGGAAACUCUCCCUGCCCUGGCUGCUCAACAAGGAGCUGGCCUGCAUCAACUCGCCUCUGCAGAUAGACGAUAACUUCUGCGGCCAGGACUUCAACCAGCCUCUAGGGGGCACUACUGCCAUCGAAGGCAUCCCGCUUUACGUGGACAAGGACGACGGCAUGACCUCUGUGGCGGCCUACGACUACCGCGGGCACACUGUGGCGUUCACUGGCACUCGCAGCGGACGCAUGAAGAAGAUCCUGGUGAACUCCAUCAUCCAGCCUGCCUUGCUGUAUGAGAAUGUGGUGGUGAGCAACGGGAGCCCCAUCCUGAGAGAUCUGCUCUUCAGCCCUGAUCAUCAAUACUUAUAUGCCCUCACCGAUAAACAGGUCACCCGUGUACCAGUGGAGAGCUGUGAGCAGUACACCUCCUGUGGAGCCUGCCUGGGAUCAGGAGACCCUCAUUGUGGCUGGUGUGUGCUGCAUAAUGUAUGUUCGAGGAAAGACCGGUGUGAGCGGGCGGAGGAGCCUCAGCGUUUCACCACCAGAGUGGAGCAGUGCGUCCGACUCUCCGUGCAACCCGACACCAUCUCUGUUACCAUGUCAGAAGUGCAGUUGGUACUUCAGACACAGAAUGUGCCCAGUCUGUCUGCUGGAGUGAACUGCUCCUUUGAGGACUAUGUGGAGACAGAAGGGCGCAUCUACAGUGGACGGAUCUUCUGCCUGUCACCCACUACCAAAGAGGUGGCCCCCAUCACACGAGACCAGGGUGACCAACGUGUAAUAAAGUUGUAUCUGAAGUCUAAGGAGACGGGGAAGAAGUUUGCCAGCGUGGACUUGGUCUUCUACAACUGCAGCGUCCACCAAUCAUGCCUAUCCUGCGUUAACGGAAACUUCCCCUGUCACUGGUGCAAAUAUCGUCACAUGUGCACACAGGAUGCCAGCGACUGCUCCUUCCAGGAGGGACGAGUCAACAACUCAGAGGAGUGUCCUCAGAUCCGGCCGUCCACCGAGAUCUACAUCCCCGCUGGAGUUAUGAGGCCAAUCACCCUGCUGGCCCAGAACCUGCCCCAGCCGCAGUCUGGACAGAAGAACUACGAGUGCAUCUUCCACAUCCAGGGCAACACGCACAGCGUCCCGGCUCUGAGGUUCAACAGCACCAGCAUACAGUGUCAGAAGACUAUGUACGACUACGAGGGCAGUGACAUCAGUGACCUACCAGUCGACCUCUCCGUGGUGUGGAAUGGAAUCUUUGUCAUUGAUAACCCAUCCAACAUCCAAGCCCAUCUGUACAAAUGCAGAGCGUUGCGGGACAGCUGUGGUAUGUGCCUGAAGGCUGACCCCAGGUUUGAAUGUGGUUGGUGCGUCCAGGACAAGAAGUGCUCCCUCAGACAGGAGUGUACCGGUGGAGGAAAUUCCCACCUCCCGCUGCAACUGGCUGAAGGAGGAGGAUGGAUGCACGCCACCUCUGGAAACAGCCGCUGCACCCACCCCAAGAUUACUAAGUUGUUCCCCGAGACAGGACCUCGCCAAGGAGGAACCAGAGUGACCAUCCUGGGGGAGAACCUGGGUCUGCAGUUCAGAGACAUCCAGAUGGGCGUCAGGCUCGGCAAGGUGCCCUGCGUGCCUAUUGAGGACGAGUAUGUGAGCGCGGAGAGAAUAGUGUGUCUGCUGAAUGACGCCACUAGCUACAGGGUCCAGGAAGCUCAGGUCGAGGUGUGUGUGAGAGACUGCGUCAACGACUACAGAGCCCUGUCUCCCCGGCCGUUCACCUUUGUGACUCCGUUCUUCACCCGUAUCCAGCCAUCUCAGGGGCCUAUUUCCGGCGGCACUCGGGUCACCAUCGAGGGAAGCUACCUCAACGCAGGCAGCUACGUGUCUGUCAGCAUCGGACCACAGCCCUGCUACUUUAAAAAGAGGAAUGCCCGUGAGAUAGUGUGCGUGACACCAGCUGGAAUAGCACCAGGCAGUGCAUCAGUGUUUGUGGACAUCGACGACGCUGAGCUCAGAAACCCGGAGGUCAAGUUUAACUACACUGACGAUCCCACCGUCCUGAGGAUUGAACCUGACUGGAGCAUUGCCAGUGGCGGGACUCUGCUGACAGUGAGCGGGACCAACCUCGCAACCAUCCGGGAACCAAAGAUCAGGGCCAAGUAUGGGCAGGCUGAAUCCUUUCAUAACUGCACUGUGUAUAACAACUCAGUCAUGGUGUGCCUGGCUCCAUCGGUGGCCGAUUCAGAGCUUGGCUUUUCUGAGGCCGGAACCGGCCCAGAUGAGAUUGGGUUCUACAUGGAUAACGUGAAUGCCCUAGUGGUGGUCAACGAGACAUUCAGCUACUACCCUGACCCUGUGUUUGAACCGCUGAGUCCCUCUGGAAUACUGGAACUCAAACCCACGUCGCCACUCAUACUCAAGGGUCGUAACCUGAUCCCUGCGGCUCCGGGUAACAGUCGCCUCAACUACACAGUGCUGAUUGGAGAAACUCCCUGUGUCCUCACCCUGUCUGAGAGCCAGCUGCUGUGUGAAUGGCCAAACCUCACCGGACAACACAAAGUCACGAUCCGUGCCGGUGGGUUCGAGUACUCCCCCGGGACUCUUCACAUCUACUCGGACAGCCUGCUGACGCUUCCCGCCAUUAUCGGCAUCGGAGGGGGUGGCGGCCUCCUUCUGUUGGUCAUUAUCGCUGUGCUGAUUGCCUAUAAGAGGAAGUCCAGGGAUGCCGAUCGCACCUUGAAACGUCUGCAGCUCCAGAUGGACAACCUGGAGUCCAGAGUGGCACUGGAAUGUAAAGAAGCUUUUGCUGAGCUUCAGACGGACAUUCAUGAGCUGACCCAGGAACUGGAUGGAGCUGGGAUCCCCUUUCUGGACUAUCGAACUUACGCAAUGAGGGUCUUGUUUCCAGGCAUUGAGGACCACCCUGUGCUCAAGGAGAUGGAGGUACGGGUCCAGGCGAAUGUUGAGAAGGCGCUGACGCUGUUUGGCCAGCUGCUGACAAAGAAGCACUUCUUGCUGACGUUCAUCCGAACCCUGGAGGCACAGAGGUCAUUUUCAAUGCGGGACAGGGGCAAUGUGGCAUCUCUGAUCAUGACGGCCCUGCAGGGGGAGAUGGAGUACGCCACCGGAGUCCUGAAACAACUGCUGUCUGAUCUGAUAGACAGAAACCUGGAGAGCAAAAACCAUCCCAAACUGCUGCUCAGGAGAACGGAGUCGGUUGCCGAGAAGAUGCUGACCAACUGGUUCACGUUCCUCUUGUACAAGUUCCUCAAGGAGUGUGCCGGGGAGCCUCUGUUCAUGCUUUACUGUGCCAUCAAGCAGCAGAUGGAGAAGGGACCCAUAGACGCCAUCACAGGAGAAGCCCGCUACUCCCUCAGCGAGGACAAGCUCAUCAGGCAGCAGAUUGACUACAAAACACUGACAUUGCACUGUGUAAACCCAGAGAACGAGAACACCGCAGAGGUGACGGUCAAGUGUCUCAACUGUGACACGAUCACUCAGGUCAAAGAGAAGCUGCUCGAUGCUGUGUACAAGGGCAGCCCCUAUUCACAGAGACCCAAGGCGUCUGAUAUGGACCUCGAAUGGCGUCAAGGUCGGAUGGCCAGAAUUAUCCUGCAGGACGAAGACGUCACAACUAAGAUCGACAACGACUGGAAAAGACUCAACACACUGGCUCACUAUCAGGUAACAGAUGGAUCAGUGAUUGCCCUGGUGCCAAAGCAGAACUCUGCUUAUAACAUCUCCAACUCCUCCACCUUCACCAAGAGCCUCAGCAGAUACGAGAGUAUGCUGAGGACAGCCAGUAGUCCAGACAGCCUACGAUCCCGAACACCCAUGAUCACCCCCGACCUGGAGAGUGGAACCAAAUUGUGGCAUCUUGUGAAGAACCACGACCACUCGGACCAGAGGGAGGGUGACCGAGGCAGCAAGAUGGUCUCUGAGAUCUAUCUGACCAGGCUGCUCGCUACAAAAGGUACAUUACAGAAGUUUGUGGAUGACCUGUUUGAGACCAUCUUCAGCACGGCGCACAGAGGAAGCGCGCUGCCGUUGGCCAUCAAGUACAUGUUCGACUUUCUGGACGAGCAGGCCGACAAACACUCCAUCACAGACUACGACGUACGACAUACCUGGAAGAGCAACUGUCUUCCUCUGCGGUUCUGGGUGAACGUCAUCAAGAACCCCCAGUUUGUUUUUGACAUCCAUAAGAACAGCAUCACGGACGCAUGUCUGUCUGUGGUGGCCCAGACCUUCAUGGACUCCUGUUCGACAUCAGAGCACAAACUAGGAAAAGACUCACCUUCAAAUAAGCUUCUCUACGCUAAAGACAUCCCCAACUACAAGAACUGGGUGGAGAGGUAUUACUCUGAUAUCUCCCGCAUGCCGGCCAUCAGCGAUCAGGACAUGAGUGCCUACCUGGCAGAGCAGUCCCGCCUGCACCUCAGCCAGUUCAACAGUAUGUCUGCGCUGCACGAGAUCUACUCCUACAUCACCAAAUACAAAGACGAGAUCCUGUCGGCGUUACAGAAGGACGAGCAGUCGCGCAGACAGCGGCUCCGCGGCAAGCUGGAACAGGUCAUCGACACCAUGGCCCUGGCUAGCUGAGGACCGGCCAAUCACACGCCCUCGGCUAGUGGACAACUGGCCAACCAACACGCCUUCCCCGACAACCUUUGUGACAUUUUGACCCCUCGACGUAUGAAGUCUGUCGUUACCGCCCUCACAAACAACAACAACGUACAGCAGCGGAAAAAAAGACUGCAAGGACACAAGCACCCAGCAGCAGCAGCACACUGGAGAGACAGCAGAGUUUGGAUCUAAGGCCCCGCCGGCCGGGUUGGCUUUUUCGUUUCGUUUUUUUUUUUUUUUUUUUCCUCACUCUCUUUCUGAGCCACCAACCCAACCCCGAACGACCAAAUCAAGUCGUACCCUCAGCCUCAGACGAUAUGGACCUCAGCUGAGGACAGCGUUUAUUUUCAUCAAGGCCCUCAUCACAUGUAGAGUCCUUCGAGAGAAGCAGUUGGGUACUUUGGUCACAAUCAGGACCAGUACUUGCACAGUGGUGACCAAAAGCUCAUCUAGCUGGACACAGAGCUACAGGAAAGGUACACAACUAAGUCCACGGUUCAGACUGCGAGCCAGUAACAAUCCAGGAUAUAUUAUCGUGAUACUUGAUCCCUGUGAGGAAUUUUCUCUUUUCUGUCGCUGUCCUCCACAGGGAGGUCAGGGACAGCUACAUUGCAGCAGCCACAGAGUUGAUCGCUCUGUUGCUCAGAGACACUUCAGCAGGGUGGGCAACUAGGAGGAAGGAACUUUGCAGGGAAACUCUUCCUCCAGUACUGACUCUCCAACUCUCUUAUCAACAGGAACUCCACUGUAGUCUAACAAAGGACAACUUCAGUUUCAUAACCCUGCGUUUGAUUUGUUAUUGCGUUUUAUUUCACCCCCCAAAACUGCCUACUCUCCCCAGUGCUGUGCCACUUGUGUUACUGCUGAAUUUGCACAACAAAGCUAAAUCAAAAGAGAGAAGAGGAUAUAUGAAUAUAGAUAUAUAUAGAUAUAUAAAUACAAACCUUUUGUUUUUAAAACAGAUGAAAAGUUGAAAAAAAAAUGUUUUUCCAUUGUAAUGUACAAAAGAUAAGAUUUGAGAAGAGGAUUUGAUAUUUCCAAGAUGAAAAAUUAUGAAAACACAAGGAAAAAGUCGUCCUGUGCCAUGUUUUACUUUGAAUGUUGUUUAGUGCAAAGAGACUUCUUCUUUUCGUUAGAUCCAAACGUGCUAUGAUGAAACUGUUGUCAUACUUAGUGACUGAAAGUGAGAGUUUAAAAAUAGGUAAAUGGCAAAAGUAUAUAUAUAUUACAAACACUUUCUAUAUUUCAUGAAGUCUUGGAGGCCGAUGUGUGCUACAUGUUUGGCUCUAAAAGUAGUAAAAAAAAAAAAAAAAAAGACAAGUGAUAGUCUGGAAGUCGCCUAUGAGCCAACCCGACCUACAGUGCUUUUUGUGUUUGUUUUAGAGAAACCAAAUACAUCGAGGCCCCGGUCAGCUGACUUGAGACAAGACAGAAGUCAUUUCUGUGGAAGCCGGCCUCACGUUGUGGUAGCACACAACCACAGAGGCACAAGGCAGUCGUUUAAGUUGAACACCCGGCACACCGUGCUCCGCAGCUUCUCGAUCUUGUUUUCCAGACUUCCCCCUCUUGUCUGAAAAAAUUGAUACGGUGUGCCAUCUAAAAAUGAAGGCCAGAUUUGAUGUGCAGAAGGUGAAACAGUAUUGUUUAAUAUUUGGCUUGUUUUCUAGUCUGCAGUGAAGGUGGUAAAGCUAAAGGUUCGAUUUUUUUUGUUUUCUUUUUUGAAAUGUGAAUGUGGUUUCUGAAAAAGAUAAUGAAAUGUAGCUUGAUUUAUGUAAGUGUUUUUGUACCAGUUGAAGGCCUUUCUCUUUUUUCGUUUUGUGGUUUUAUAGGGGUAAAAAAAAAAAAAAAAAACUAAAAAAAAAAAAAAAAAUCCCUCCAGUACGUGCUGCUCCACAUUAACUCGCAGUGCUUAAAAAGACAUGCAUUCAUAAACAAGACAUUCCUUUCUCUUGUGAGUGUAAAAAAGGGGUACACGGCUAAUGAUAAAAUACAGAAAAAAAAAGAUGUUAAACAAACCAGGGUAAUAUAUACUAUAUGCGGUCGUCCAUCCUGUAAGAGCUUAUGAAAUGUAGACCACCAGAUACAUUAACAACCACAUCAGAUGGUCAAGAAAAAAAACUCAUCUACUUAUCACUCAUGUUCCUGUUUGUUUUAUAACAAAUAGAACAAAAGCAGGUUAAAAUGCAUCAGAUGCACCUUUUAGAACAAUACGACUUUAAAGGAAACAGUUACAGAUGCCUCAAAAUCAUUUCCAUUUUCUUCCUCUUCCUCUUCUUCCUCUCAGCAGUGCUUCCCUCUGAUUUGUUUUCCCGGUGAAAGAGACGAAGGGCCACACUAGAGUCCUCUGUUUCAGUCCAGUUCAGAUAACAUAGAGCAUUGCAGGUCCAUCGAGAAUCUCGCAGUCCAGGGUCCCUGUAAAAGGCCUGGUAGGUUUACUUCUAAUCUUCAGAGUUAUCACUUCGGUUGUUCAAGAAGCCCAUACUAAGAUUGUUUGAGCUACAGCUUGAGAAGAGGAAACUGAAAGUGGUAGUUAUUUCCAAGUCAGUCUUACUUUCUUGGCUUUUUCUGUCUUGGUGAUGGAUCAUUGUGAUUGCAGGGAGCACUGCUCUUCAGUACAAUCCAAUGGACCAAAGGAAAACCCCCAACAUUAUUUUAAGCACAGUAACAACCCACCCACAAUAAUCCCUGAACACAUCCCGUUUUAUCACUAUCCAUGGCCUCAAACAAUGGAGUAAAUGCUGAUGUUCAGCGAGCUAGUGCAAAGAAAUUUCAGGUUCUUUGAUGGCAAAGCCACAUAUUUCAAGGCUGAACUGAAAAAAACAGUACAUAUAUAGUAUUUCAAAAUUUUAAUACACAUGCACUUCUAUGUUUGAAUGAUAAAAAUCACAUUCUCAUUUGUGUUCAAUGACAUGAACACCAGACCAGCAGACAGCAGACUAAAUGUGAGAGCAACACUUAAAAAAAGAGCAGACAGACCACUAACUGACGUACCCCAAGUGAUAAUUGUUCAGCCACAGCUGUUUAACAGUAUGAAAUUAGACUGUGACUGUUGCACCUGGUGCGAUCGGUGAGUCACCCUAAAUUUGGAGUGAAUUCACGCCUCGGCACCUUUUAAAAACUGGAAAAUAAUAAUGAAGUUUUGAUGAGAAAUUAGACUGAAAUAAUCUGAAUUGUCAUUUCAUGUUCCACUGCUAAGGACCGGACUCCUGUUAGCUGUUAGCUGAUGUUAGCAACUGCAAAUCAGCUGAUUACAGUAGCUAGCUAACAUGCUAGCAUAAAAAUCAGUCAGAAAGAUUAAUUAUUGGAAUGACUUUUUCCAGCUAUGCGCAUAUAAGUGAACAAUACCGCCGUGACAUCAACCUUGCGUUAUUACUCAAACACUGAAGACCUCCGACAUGGCCGACA